AUGGUAUGUUCUUUGUUUCCCCCAGCCAACCUUAACAUCUCUGCAGCUGGCUAUCAGCUGUUGCCUGAGGACCCCACCCACCCUCAGGCUUUCCUUCCCACACUGGACAAUGUAGUAGGGACCAAUUACUUCCAGCGUAGUGCCAAGCUGGUCCAUGUGGUGCUGCGCGGAGGCCACGUCCUUGACAUCAAGACCACUCCCAUGAUCACCCUCACCAGUGGCCUCAUGGUGAAGGAAGAUGAGUUUUAUGAGCAGAACCUUGUGAUGAAUCUGGCCAACCUGUUUGAGGUAUCCCCAGACAACAUCAGGGUCAUCAGUGUUAUGCGGGAGGACUCCAAGAGACAGCAGGGAAGGCUGGAGGCUGAGGUGGCCAGCAUUCCAACUAUAAGCCUGAAUGGUGAGGGGGAGAAGGGAGCAACUGGCGGGGAGGUGAUUCCCUAUGAGAAGCUGGUGCAGAGUCUGGAAAAGGCCAUCAAUAGAUUCCAGGACGAAUCGUGCAGCAACUGUGCCUCUCUCUCGGUGAGUGACCCCAUCGAGCCACCACCCAAGGAAGCCCCUCCAAAAGCUACAGAGGAGGAAGGCACUGUUGUCAUUCCAGAUGUCGAACCGUUCUACAAGCAGCAGGAGAAGGAGGUGGCAGAGAAGAUCAAGGAGAGCCUGGCAGUGACAGAGUAUGUCGAGCCAUCCAGUAUAUUGGUGCUGAGUGGUGUGCCCAGCAGUGUGGUGCAGUACACAGUGUUUGAAAUGCAGCCGUCUGUCACUGUACUGGAUAAAGAGGGUGCACCCAUCAGUGACCUGGGCCACAAGAGUGAUCCCUGGCAGGUCACGGCUAGUUUGUCAGGAGCUCCGCCAGGUGCCAUCCUCAUUGGCACCACCACAGUUCCCUACAGGAACAGCACUGCCACCUUUACCGACCUGUCUGUCAGCAAGCCCGGGGAAGGGUACAACCUCUCUUUCACCAUCACCUUCCCCAGCUAUGCUCCAGUCCUCACUGCCACCCUGGUGGAGACCUUCAGCUCAACACAGAUGAGUGCAGCAAUGGUCCUGCAGCAGCCCAGCAUAGUGCAGGCCGGACAGCCCAUCGCCAUCACUGUUCAAUUUGUUGACGAGGAUUCUGGCUUGGUGCUGGAUGGCCAGGCCUUCAAAGGUGAGGAGACAGACAGGCAUGAUUGCCUUAAAUGUUGCAUAUAAAGAGUAACAAAACAGUAUAAUCUUUGUUAACAUGAUGUGUUCAGUUUGUUGACAAGGACUCUGGCUUGGUGCUGGAUGACAAGUCUUUCAAGGUGAGGAGACAGACAGGAUUUUUUUUUAUUUAUUUAUUUGAUUUUUUUUUUUUAAGUAAUAAAACUAUCAUUUCUAUUAUUGUUAUCAUGAGGUGUUCAGUUUGUUGACAAAAAUUCUGGGUUGUAGUUUGAUGGCAAGGCAUUGAAGGUGAGGAAAUGGACAGAAAUCAAGGUAAAUUUUUUUGGAUUGAGUAAUAUAACAAUAUUCAUUCUGUUAUCAAGAGGUGUUCAGUUUAUUGACAAGGACUCUGGCCCAGUUUGUUUACAAAAAUUCUGGCUUAAUGUUUGAUGGUGAGGCUUUCAAGGUGAGGAGAUGGACAGAAAUUACCAAGUUAAUUAAGGGACUGUAAUCCACAUUUUUGAAUGAAAAUGUAUGCAAAAAAACAAAAUUGGGCUGUGCACGCUGAAAAAUCAUCCAGCACUUUGGCAACAAUCUGCCAAAGUUUGAGCCGUGUGUCUGGGGUGUGACUUGUUUACAAUCAGGCUUUAGAUUACACCUUGUGGUACUCCUUAUGUUUUGCUAUUUUUCAUGUACUGUAUCUGGUUUUUUUUUGUGUGUGCAUGAUUUUUUAAGACUUUCUUCAGAUGUGUGGCAUGUUAUCCCUAAGUGGUGGGAGGGGAGGGAGUGGGGCAGUAGUUACUUGAUAAUGAGUCAGUACUUAGUUGGCCUAAGUUGAGGACAGGGCAUGUGUGUACUGCCACGCUGGUGUCAGACCACCCACACAACUCAUAAAAUUUAUGAGAGAAAUUGUGUUAUUAUCUUCUGUGAAGACUAUGACAGAAUGCCAUGACCCAGGAAAUACAUACUUCUGUGACUUAGCCAGCUACCACCACCACAUACCUUCAGUAUGCUUAGUGCAUUACAGGCCUUGCUGUGAGUAAAAAAAAAAAUUGUAAUAGAAAAAAGUAGAUCAGCUGUUUUCAAACCUGACAGUGGUGAUGUGAUGAAUUGUGAUGUAUCAUUUGAUGCAUCAUCUGACGUCAGAUGAAAAGAUGAUGAGAUGCCUCAAAGGCAUGACCUGCAAUGAACACCUGCAUUCAUGAGUGUGGAGAAUUGUUCCAAGUAUUGGAAUACUUCAGACAGGACAGUGAACUUCCCAAUUGUGACGGGCGUCUGCAAUUACAAUGUAGGCUGCUUGUCAAGUGGCUUCACAGACACUCUUGGAGCUGAGUUUAUCAUUACACUGGAGGAGUACCUGAAGGCCAGAGAUGCAGCCAUGGACACACACUCAGACUAUCUUGGUACUGAGUUUGUCACUACACUGGAGGAGUACCUGAAGGCCAGAGAUGCAGCCAUGGACACACCCUGCAGGGGGAAGCAGAGGAACACCCCAAUUCACACAGAUAUGGAGUGUGUUGCAGGGGUUGAUUGAUGAUGCAAUAAAUCACACUUCUCAAAUGUAAGCCUUUCUUCUUUAAAGUGAUACUUCAUCAUUAGUUUUAUGUGCUAUUUACUUUUUUCGUUGUGUAUGUCUGCAUUGCUCACAGAUUUUAUGUAAAGAUUUUUUUUUAUUUCAUUAAGAUAUAUUUUUCAUAUGCAUAAGUACACAUUUUCUAAGUUACGUUGAAAGUCACACACUAAUAUAUAUCUUUUCCCUACUAUAAAAACAUCUUUGUGUAGAAUGUGCAUAAAAUUGAUUUAGCAGUAAUUACUUUUGUCACUGAUAAUUUUUAGAUAAUAAUGAGUUGAUUUAGUUUUAAGGAGUUAUGAGUUAAAAAUUGUAUAGAUAUAGAAAUUUAUAUAUUAACUUUUCUUCCUCUUAUUUUUUUAUCUAUCAUCCUACAAUUUGUACACACUUAAAUAGGCAUCAUAGCUACCGUAAGUAAAAAUAAAUCAUGUUUGUCGGUUAACAGUUUCAAAAAACCUUACCAAAAGCAGACCACAGUCUUGUAAGUUUACAUUUUGUUAAGCCAAACCUCCUGGGACCAUAUGCAUUAUCACUAAAUUACUGCUUAAACAUUAAAUCAUCGUUUUACAUCCUCAAUAUGGUGGAACUUGCCACUUAAAUUCUGAAAGAUACCGUCUGAAGUCCUCAAGAUGCAUCAUAAAAGAUGGGUUCACCUAGGCUGCAAUGCUACACUGGCUGUGCAAUCCUAUAGCCUGACGCUGGCGAUGCGAUGCUUGCCACGUGAGUAUUCACACCGUAAAUGAUGCUGUGCUGUCAGACAGUGCUUGCAUCAAUUGUCACAUCACUCAGUAGCUCAGUGCAUCUGCAGCAUCAUGGGAGACAUUGCUCUGUGGUCUCUUGAGGAGGAACUACUGCUUCUAGCUGUGGCAAAGAAAAAGAAAUUGAGUGCAUGAAAUAAAUCCAGCAAGACCAACAUACAACCACGGGUAUUUCUGUAGUUCUUCUAUAAGUUGUUCCAUAGCAAACAGUUUGCACCUUUUCUUCCUAGGGGAGCAACAAGCAGUAAUGACUGGAAGCUACACAGCUUUGCAUCAUACGCAUCGUAUAGCUAGUGUAGCAUCACAGCCAGUGUGAACCUGCCUUUAAGAUUGCAUCCUAUCAGCAAGCAAGGCUGUGCUAGAUUAACUCCACUGACACUGCCAGCAGCAGCAACAGACUUU